AUGAGAUUCCUCACUCUUGCAGCCGAGAUGCUCCUGGUGGCCAGCACGGCCACCGGCGCCCGGCCCGGCGAACGUCCCCGCCUGGGUGCGCCGGCCAUCCACGUCGACGCCCCAUCACCGGCCGACGGUGUCCAGAAGCGCGCCGACAGCCCGAUCCACUGGGCCUGGUUCGACCAGCUGCUCGACCACAGCAACCCCGCGCUGGGCACGUUCAAGCAGCUGUACUACUACAACUUCCAAGACUAUGCCGGGCCCGGCUCGCCCAUCAUCAUGAACUCGCCCGGCGAGAACGAGGCGACGGGCUGGAACGGCUACGUGACCAACAGCACGCUGGCCGGCAACUUUGCCAAGAGCGUCGGUGGCGCGACCAUCCUCCUCGAGCACCGCUACUGGGGGUACAGCUCGCCGCACGCCAACCUCACGACGGACGCCCUGCAGCACCUCACCCUGGACCAGCACCUGCGCGACCUCGUCUACUUUGCCAACCACGUCGACCUGGCGUUUGACCCGACGGGCUCGAGCAGGCCGGCGCGCGCGCCGUGGGUGCUGACGGGCUGCUCAUACAGCGGCGCCGUCGCGGCCUGGCUGCACAAGCUGUUCCCGGGCACGUACUGGGCGUACCAUGCCUCGAGCGCUGUCGUCGAGUCCAUCAGCGACUUUUGGCAGUACCAGGACAUUGUGCACGACACCAUGCCCAGGAACUGCAGCGCCGACUACACAAAGGUGAUGGAGCACGUGGACAAGGUGCUCCUGAACGGCACCGACACGCAAAAGAGCAGGCUCAAGAAGAAGUUUGGCUUUGCGCCGCUCAACGACGUCGACUUUGCCAUUGCGAUGCAGGACGGCAGCUAUCUGUCGCAGAACCUGGGCUUUAGCGACCAAAAGCGCAACGUCACGGAUAAAUUCCACCAAUUUUGCGACUACAUCGAGAAUCAAUGGCCCGGCAGCAAAGCCCCCAAGCCUGGUCCCGAGGGCGUUGGCCUUUGUGCUGCCAUCAAUGGACUCUCCAAGUGGUUCAAAGAGCUCGACAUCCCCAACGGCUGCGCCAGCUGGGGCUACUCCCGAUGGACUGACCCCAUGGAUCUCGGCUGCUGGGUGACGGACGACUUCACCAGCCCCGUCUACCGCGACACGCGCGUCAACAACCCCGUGAACCGCCAGUGGCAGUGGAUGCUCUGCAACGAGCCCUUCGAGUGGUGGCGCACCGGCGGCACGCCGGCCGGCCGGCCGCGCAUGGUCAGUAAGCUCAUCACCGUCGACGUCUGGCGGCGCCAGUGCGACCUCUUGUUCCCCGCGGUCAACGGCGCGCAGGUGGGCAUCCGCAGCGGCCGCACCUACGAGCAGAUCAAUGCGCCGACGGGCGGCUGGCACGCGGCCGCCGACAUGGAGCGCGUCGUGUGGUGCGAUGCGGAAAACGACCCGUGGCGGCCAGCGACGGUGUCAUCGCCGUGGCGGCCCGGCGGCGCGCUGGCGUCGACGGACCGGGCGCCGGUGCAUGUGGUGCCCGGCGGCGGGCACUGCGUCGACAUGCUCAAGGCGAAUGCCGACGUGAAUGAGGAUCUGAAAAAGGUGUGGGAUGCCGAGAUUGAGCAGGUGACGAAGUGGGUGGGCGAGUUUUACGCGGAGAAGCAGAAGCCGUGGCCGAAACACAACUAA